UCUACUGGUUUUUCCAGAGCUCUUUGCUUUUAAAUUUACAUGCUAGAUAUUUUUUGUCUUGUGACAUUUUAGUCUCUUGUUUAAAUCAUGUCAUCUCUGCAUCUAAGCACAAAUAAAAGCAAUCUUUUUUAUUUUCUCUGAAGAGGAAACCUCAACACUGAAAGCCACAGUCAGUCGGGAAGAGGAGGGUCUUGUCAUCUGAUAUGACUGAACUGAUCAAAGGCUUGAUAACUCUGCAAAGCAGCACGAUGGAGGCAUCAUCUCUACUGUGGCGGAUUUUUCUGACCUCACUGCUGGGCUGCACAACAAACCAAGCUCGUCUGACUGUGAGUCCCAGCAGCUCUCAGCUGUUUAAAGAUGAGUUUGUGUCUCUGAGCUGUGAGGAGGACGACAGCUCUGCUGGAUGGACUCUAAAGAGAAACACAAGCACAGACACCAGAGCUGAGUGUGGAGAUGAGUUUGGACAACCAGCUGGUUCUUCCUGUAACAUCAGCUACACUGACCCACAGGACAGUGGAGUUUACUGGUGUGAGUCCAGAGAGGGUGCCAUCAGUAACAUGGUUAACCUCACAGUCACUGGUGGAUCAGUGAUCCUGCAGAGUCCUGUCCUCCCUGUGAUGGAGGGAGAUGACGUCACUCUGCUCUGUCAAACAAAGACCACUCCCUCCAACCUCCCAGCUGCUUUCUAUAAAGAUGGUUCCCUCAUCAGGAAGCAGCCUACAGGUCACAUGACCAUCCAGCAUGUUAACAGGUCUGAUGAAGGCCUCUACAAGUGUGACAUCAGCGGUCAUGGAGAGUCUCCAUCCAGCUGGAUCACUGUCACAGGUAGGCCUGAAACCAAACCCAGACCCACAUUGACCCCUGCAGCACCCCUCCAGCAGGCUGACUUUACAAUGCUGCGCUACUUGGUGGUGUUCUGUCCAUAUGUCAUCUCCACUUUCUGCAUGUUGUCUCUAUAUCAACACAGAGCCACAGAAAAUGACCUGCAUGUCUCUAUGGCAAAGACCCCCGGACAGGGACUGGAUAAUAACUAUGAUGAUGUCACUGUAGAGCAUCACUUCUAAAGCAGAGCUCAUUUUCAGCCUCCUGCUAAUGGAAAGUUUUGUCAAAUUUCAUAUAUCUGAUUAUUGUGUCACUGGGCCUCUUUCCACCUCUGCUAUGAAUAGACUCUGGACUGGAUACAUACAGUACCAGUCAAAAGUUUGGACACACUUGACUGGUACUGUACACACACACACACACACACACACACACACACACACACUUAAAAAAAUGUGUGUGUGAUGUGCAUUCUGAAAAGAUAAUUUCAGUGACUAGAUGUGCAAAGCUGGUGGAGACAUACCCUAAAAGAGUUGCAGCUGUAGUUGCAGCAAAAGGUGGUUCCACAAAGUAUUGACUCAGGGGGGCU